UAGGCGCCAACCCCACGGCAAUUUCGCUCCAGAAAAGCUCCAUCGCUGUUUCAUCCAGAGCCCGCCAAUAUCUCCAAAACUCUCCGUGGUCUGGGAAAAGAGUGGUGCUAGAGAGAUGGAUGGCCGCAAUCUGCUGGGUGCUGCAGGAGCUGAUCGAGCGAGGCGGAACCAGGCCAAGAUCGUCCAGAUGGCGGUGCCGGUGCUGGCCAUGCUGCUGCUGCUGCUCACGGCGGCGGCGGCGGUCUCCAUGGCGCCCGACGGCACUGCCCGGCUGCACGCCUUGUUCUGCAGCAACCACUUCGUGAUGAUGUGCGUGCUCUCCCAGAUCAACCUGGCCUGUCUUUUCGCGAGGAAGGCCGCUCGGGCGCGGACGCUGGCGGCCCGGCGCUGGUACGCGGUGGGCGCCGCCGCGUGCUUCGUGGAGCUCGCGCUCAAGCCCUACAGGAUCCGUCUGCUGUGCCACGCGGCUGUGGAGGAUGGUGCCUAGGUGCGCCGCGCAUGUGUGGAUUCGCCUGCCGAAGGAUCGAAGACGGAUGAUUUUGGAGUCUGGAGAUGCGCCGUUUUGUUUAGCUCUUACUCUGCUACUCUAAGCUAGAAAUUUGGAAGGGCCUGUCGUAAUGGGUUUCAGUCUCAAUUUGCCAGUAUGUCUGUACUUGGGUACAAGUUUAACUUACCAUUUUGUUGUUGUCUUGUUCAGUUGGGGUUUAGACUGCCUGUCUGUUUGUAGCAUGCAGCAGCUUUGGGGUUUAGACUCUCUGUAUGAACUUGGACCGGAUUUGAAUUUGUUCAUUUCAACUGUAGCAUGUACGCA